CCGGGGAUCCGGCCGCGGUGGUGCGGGGACCGGCAGGUGGCGCUGGCGAGCCGCUUCGCACCGCGCCGGGAGAUGAGCUCAGCGGCGGCCGCGCAGCACUUAGGACGGGCGCGCGCUCCGUGGCCGCCGGAGUCCCCGGGCACGCGGGCGCGGCGCCGGCCCGGCAGGUGCUGUCAUUAAUCCCAGACCAUUAAAGAGCUGCUGGAUCUGAAUGGUCAUGGGGGAGGCCAGUAGAGAGGAGUAUAAAAUCCAAUCUUUUGAUGCCGAGACCCAACAGCUUCUGAAGACAGCACUCAAAGAUCCAGGCGCUGUGGACUUGGAGAAAGUGGCCAAUGUGAUUGUGGACCAUUCUCUGCAGGACUGUGUGUUCAGCAAGGAAGCAGGACGCAUGUGCUACGCCAUCAUUCAGGCAGAGAGUAAACAAGCAGGCCAGAGUGUCUUCCGUCGUGGACUCCUCAACCGGCUGCAGCAGGAGUACCAAGCCCGGGAGCAGCUGAGGGCACGCUCCCUGCAGGGCUGGGUCUGCUAUGUCACCUUUAUCUGCAACAUCUUUGACUACCUGAGGGUGAACAAUAUGCCCAUGAUGGCCCUGGUGAACCCUGUCUAUGACUGCCUCUUCCGGCUGGCCCAGCCUGACAGUCUGAGCAAAGAGGAGGAGGUGGACUGCUUGGUGCUCCAGCUGCACAGGGUUGGGGAACAGCUGGAGAAGAUGAAUGGGCAGCGCAUGGAUGAGCUCUUUGUCCUGAUCCGGGAUGGCUUCCUGCUCCCAACAGGCCUCAGCUCCCUGGCCCAGCUGUUGCUGCUAGAGAUUAUUGAGUUCCGGGCGGCUGGCUGGAAGACCACGCCGGCUGCCCACAAGUAUUACUACAGUGAGGUUUCUGACUAGGUUUGGCUCAGUGAUUGCUCACUGCAGCACUGGUCUUUACUCCACCCUCCUCCUAAGAUGGCAAGACAGCUGCCUCUCCCAAAGGCUUUCCCUUUCUGGACUUCCACAUCUCCCCAUUUAUGCCAUAGUCCUCUCAUUCCCUUCCCCCACUCAGAGGUUGGCAGGGACACCAAACAGAUCUGCUCCCUUGGCUCAAGACUGAUCCCCUUUCCCCACAGCUCAAUCAGCCUCUCUCUUACCACCUUUCCCCUGGGCCAGUCAGAGAAGGGCAGUUUCUAACCACUGCACCCUAUAAUAAUUGGUGCAACAUAACCUUGGUGCCUCAGUUUCCCCAUAUGUAAAAUGGGUAAUCACAGUCAUCCAUAGGAUGUUUUGGGAUUUUGAGGAGCACAGAGCACAGCUCGUACCAGAAACUGCUUUUUAUACAUUUUGUAUAAAAACUACUGUGGAAACCAGCCUAUAUCCUCCAGCCAGUUUUAAUGAAUGGUAGUUCUUACAUAAUGUGUUAUACUAGUUCAGAUUAAAGAUUUUCUAAUAAUCA